AUGGUAGAGAAGAAAUCUUUCAGUUUCAGCACAGUGACAGGCUACUUUCUCCAAGAUGACCCAGCUACCGACCCGGAUACCUUCGACUAUGCAGCCGUGAAUUUCGGUCUCAUCUCCAGGGCAUAUGAUUCCACUCCCGAAGAUCACCAAAAUGAUACCCAGUGGCAACGAUUCGCUCAGCAUAUUCAAUCCCUGAACUCCACGGCGGGACCGCAGACGCGGUAUAAAGUCCUCUUUCUCGGACGGCACGGCGAAGGCGUGCACAAUGUGGCCGAGCGUCGCUAUGGCACCAAGGCGUGGGAUGAGUACUGGUCCCUCCUUGAUGGCGACGAAUACGGCACAUGGGUCGAUGCACACCUCACGGAGCUGGGCAUCGCUCAGGCCCAGACUGCCCAUGAGGCGUGGGCACAGCAGAUAGAAAACGAUAUCCCGGCACCGGAGUCCUACUAUGUGAGCCCGUUGCAUCGGUGCUGCCAGACAGCGCAGGUAACGUUUGAGGGCUUGGCAAUGCCGCGAACUACUCCCUUCCAGCCGCUGGUCAAGGAGCUUCUCCGAGAAACCAUGGGCGAGCACACCUGUGACCGCCGGUCUGCCCGGUCUGCUAUCACGACCGAGUUUCCACAGUUCCGGUUUGAACCUGGGUUUGCCGAGGAGGAUGAGUUGUGGGACCCGAAGAUCCGCGAGUCGAAUGAGCAUCGUGAUGCGCGGCUGCGGGAGCUGCUUGGUGAUAUCUUUGUUAAUGAUGAGAAUGUCUUUCUGUCCUUGACCGCGCACUCUGGCGCUAUCACAAGUAUCUUACAGGUAACUGGCCACCGGGAAUUUCGAUUGGAGACUGGGGCUGUCAUUCCGGUGAUAGUGAAAGCGGACGGGCGGAUGUGA